AUCACUACCUCUCUCUGUGUACGGUACCUGGAACAAAGAACACCCCAGACCCUUUUCCCUUAAAGAAAUCCCAUCUCAUAAAUAGUAACCUCCAGGGACCACCCAACUCUGCAGAUCAUGGCGCCGGUAGGGAUAAUGGCUCGACUCAAGAGUCUAUACUCCAAGCAGGAUGAACCUGCCCUUUCAGAACAGACGGUCGCUUUUCUAUCUGUCCUCCUCACACUACUCUACGUGGUACCAUUCUAUCUCUCCCCAACAACCCGUCCAUCCCCAACUCUCAGUCGCGAUGCGCCCUCCGUCAUUCGCGCCCGCAUCCGCGCCGUCACGGGCUCCUGUAUCGUGAGCUCCGUCCUGGUCCUCUGGCUCAUCGUCGAGGAAGACAAUUCCUCCCUUGGCGCCGGUUUCAGGCUUCUCGGCUGGUGGCCCGUCGGCCUGCUAGAGACCCUUCGGAGUCUUUUCCUAACCGCGAUUCUGUUCCUCGGCCCGCUCUUCGAGCGUGGCAUUGUCGAGGGCGAGUGGAAGUACUGGUUCCGUCGUAGUAAGCUCUCUGAGAGUCUCGGUGGCUGGAUUGGCUGGAGGAAUUAUGUCGCGGGCCCCUUCACAGAAGAAGUCAUGUUCCGAUCCGCGAUGGUCCCGCUACAUUUACUAGCGCACACCUCGCCAGGUCGAAUCGUGUUUCUCGCACCGCUGUAUUUCGGCAUCGCGCACGUACACCACUUCUACGAGUUCUGUCUGACGCACCCAGACACGCCGGCUCUGGCCGCGCUGUUGCGGUCGCUCUUCCAGUUCGGCUACACGACUAUCUUCGGCUGGUAUGCGACUUUCGUGUAUUUACGGACGGGCUCGUUGCUGGCCGUUGUUGUCCUCCAUAGUUUCUGUAACUGGUGUGGAUUGCCGCGGUUUUGGGGACGUGUUGAGGCUGGUGAGACUAUUGGUCCCCCUGUGAUGAGGGGUAAGGAGGAUGCUGAUGAUGAUGAUAUCAAAGUUGGGGUCAGGGGUAGUAACGAGGGGUUGAGUAUUGGGUGGACGGUUGCUUAUUAUGUGCUUCUUGUUGCUGGGGCGGUUGGUUUUGCUCAGGGGUUGUGGCCGUUGACUGAGUCUUAUCAUGCUCUGGUUUCGUUUUCGGGGAAGUCGAAUUAGGUUGGGUGUAGCUUGUGACUUUCGGUCCAGGCUUGGUACAUUUUGGUUUGCUUCCGGCGUCAUCUUUAUAAGGGCUUGUUGUAUUUGGUGUUUUGUUUAUAUGUUACGUCGUGGACCAAACCUAUGUAUGCGGAAUAGGGGUUCCCUGGCGGGUGAUACACACCCUUUGCCUGUAUAGCAUAACUUAUAUAGCACUUUGAGUCGAUACAUGUUAUCUAUUUC